GUUUCUAGUUCUCCCUUUCCCUUCCUCUCUGAAAUCAAUAAAAACACAUUAAAAAAAAAAAGUUAAACACAGACUGACGUUCAAGUGAUGAAUGGAUGUUAUUUAUUAACUACUGACAGUAUGGGAUAUAGCUCCAUUCUGAUUUGAGCAGAGCUGAUUGGGCCUUUUAAAGGGAUAAUGAGGGAUGGAGGAAGAGGGGGGAGCUCAGUAGAGACUCAGAAGUGAAAAUUUACGAAAAGUUGGAUCAGUGUAAAUUCGAUUAGGCCAGCCAGUGUUUGCUAGUUGGCAGUUAUCAAAGUUAGGAUUCUAUCCCCCCACUGAGACAGGGUCCUUCCUCAUGAUUACAUUUCGAAGGAAUGGCUCUGGAGUCCUUGAGAAGAACACUUCUGAGCUGUAAGAGAUUUGGAUCAUACAGCAGAUGUCCAGUUACAUGCAUGGGGAGAUACUCUGGAGGAAGCAUUUGAGCAGUGUGCAAUGGCCAUGUUUGGUUACAUGACAGAUACUGGGACAGUGGAGCCCCUCCAAACAAUAGAAGUAGAAACACAAGGAGAUGACUUACAGUCUCUUCUGUUUCACUUUUUGGAUGAGUGGCUUUAUAAGUUCAGUGCUGAUGAAUUCUUCAUACCCCGGGAAGUGAAAGUACUUAGUAUUGAUCAAAUAAAUUUCAAAUUACGGUCCAUUGGGUGGGGAGAAGAAUUCUCUUUGUCCAAGCAUCCUCAGGGAACUGAAGUCAAGGCGAUAACAUACUCAGCAAUGCAGGUCUAUACUGAAGAGAAGCCAGAAGUUUUUGUGAUCAUUGACAUUUAAGAUAAAAAAAAAAUGCUCCUAUGAAGAACUGUUUUUCUCUUCCUUUUGAGAAGAUACCAUGAUAUAAAUUCUACAGUAUCCGAUGAUACAUGAUGAUUUGCAGGACAGAAAUUUUUUACUUUAAGUGUGACUUUCAAGAAUGGAAAAUCAAGGCAUAGUCUUGAUAUAUAUUAACCAGAUACUCAAACGUUAAAGAAUUCUUCAUGUAGCAAGUAUGGUUCCUUGUUUAUUAAUUUCCUGCUGUGGCAGCAGGUGCCUCACACCCUUCCAAUGCCAGCCCUCCAGCCUGGUCCCAAAAGGGAUCAUUGAUGUAAGCAGCAGCCUGAGAGACUCUGAGGCUGCCAUGCUGUUAUCGAAUCCAGUUUGGGGGAGAAAAUGAUAAUUUGAGAAAUCUUACUAUCAGGAUUUUGCUUUCCCUCCAGAUUGGUUAAGACAUAUAUUUUCUAUGUGUAUAUUAAGAGAGGUUGUAUUUUAGAUUGCUGUGGGACAGAGCCAUCCUGUAUUCCAGUUAGUUGUCCUAGAAGAAAUAAUUAUAAUUGAACAACAGGAGGACUUCUCUAGAAAGAGCCCUGAUUUUCUCACUUUUUUUAAAGCACUGAUAUAUUGACACUUUCUUGUUUUCCCGUAAGAAAAAUGUAAUGCCCUUACAAAUGGGCCCUUCUAUCAUAUAAUUUUAUAUUAAAACCAGUAUAUUUAUACAGUUAGAGAAUGGGAGAAUUUUUUUAAAAGUUUCUUUGGUUUUUAAAAACUAUCUAAGCUCUUCAUUUCUAAGAAGACAGUAAGCCAGUAAAAUAACUUUAAAAUGAUCUGAACUUUUCAAAGUAGAUAGCUUCUAAAAAAUGAAACUGUGUUGGUUUGAUAUGCAACAUUAUUCUAUUUUCUUCAUUAAUAUUCAUUCCCAUGAUACCAGAGUUUUGCAAAGUUGCUAUUUAUUCACAUGGACAUUAGAAAAGAUUGCCACUGGGUGGUGCCAGAUAUCAUAAUAGGAGGCUGAACUUGACCUAAGAGGAAGAGAUUGUGAGCUGUCCAAGUUCUCUCUGAGAACUGCAUUAUUUUCCCUGGGUAUUAACAGAGUAGGGCCAAGAAAGGCUAGACAAAGAUCCUGAAGCUCUUCAAAUUAAUAUCUAGUAGGAUCAUUGGGGUAGUGCUGCUUAAACUUCUUUAAUCUUAGGCACAUUUUGCAAAUUUGGAUUAUGGCCCUCCAAGCAAAAAAAUGUCUGGAGUCUACUUUUGUUAUGAUGAAUUUCUGGACUGAGAUGGGGCUCUUUUUUUCAUGGACCCCUUUGCACAUCAUGGGCUACUUGGGGGGUUGAUUGUGAAAAUGAACAAGGGGAUACCAUGAGGGCCAUACCUAAAGCAAGACUUCUUGGGAUGCAUAAAGCCAAGCAGGGUGCAAACUUGACUGGAAGAAAAAGCACAGCCAUUUCUCUUGCCACCACUGCUAUAUAAUGGGGUUCAGUAAAAAAAGUCAGAUGUAAUUAUGCAAUACAAAUUAUGUUUCUUUAUAUAAUAAAUAUAUAACUUAUUACAACUUUAAAAAUGUGUUAGUUUAAAAAUAUAUGUGUCAGCAUGUUGGUAUUAAGGAGCAUUUUUGUUUUUAUGGAAAAACUAAAUAAAUAUGAUAUUCUC